GGAAGCUCAAGUUUGGCGCGGUCCAACAUGCACACGAACUGGCAUAGCGACGACAGCGAUGGAGCGUCCUGGAUGGACGAGCAGGGGAGUGAAGGCCGGAGCUCAUCCCUAACGCAUCAACCAUUCCUACUUCGUCCGCAGACUGAACCAUCACAUCAGCCGAAGGACGACAUCACCCUCGCCAUCCAGGCUCUCCAAUUCGAAUUGGAGAUGUGGAACGACACGUACGCCGUCUCGGCACCAUACAUCUCGCCAUCCCAGCAAGACGCAUGGAAAGCGAUCGUCGCGCAAGUAGAAGAGGUGUCCCGUCAAGUCGAGGGAGUGAGGAUGAAGAAUGGACUAGUUGCCGUCAACGACACGACUGCUUCGUCAACCACGGUGCCUGCGAGAGAACGUCCUCGGCGGCACAAUUCGAUCGUGUCGGAUGCUCAACCCGAAAGUUACUGGGCAGGGUUGUGGUACCUCCUGGGAGACGUGGAAAAUGACCGCAACCAUCGCUUGGGCGUCGUGACCGAGAGGACGAUGCCAGGUGACGCUUACGUACUGCUGCAGAUAUGGUCGUGCUUAGACAGCAAGGACUUUGCCGCCGUCGCGGCAGUUUGUACCGAUUGGUUUCGCUUGGUGUAUCACUCGAAACUUGGUCAGCGACAGUGGCAGCACAUGACGUGCCAUCGAUGGCCGCGAAUUCGCGAGUGGGACUCUCCUUUCGUGACUCGGGUAUGCGGGGCCUCCACCGACUGGAGGGAGCGAUUCAUCGCAUUGCACAAGUUGGACUCGAAUUGGCGCAAUGGGACUCGCGUGGCGCUUGCUGCACCUUUCGCGCUUUUGGCAACGCCCACCAUUCGCUGCAUGCAUUUCGUCGACGAGUCGAGACUGCUCCUUCUCGGCACUUCCCAAGGCAGUGUACAACGCAUGGAGAUCGGAACAAUUCGAACGGACGAGCAACUCCCUACUUCCGCCCAGCAAGUCCACAACUUUAGCAUUUCUGCGAUCUCAAGCCACGGAACACGAGCGGUAUCAGGGUCCAUCGACGGUUCGCUGUGCAUCCUCGACCUCGCUGUACCUCCCCGCGCCAGUCGGCCACUGCCCGUCGGCCACUUUGAUUCGAUUACCAGUGUCGAAAUGCACGGUGACGACGUCGUGGUCAGUUCAUCCAAAGAUGCAACAGUGCGGGUGUGGGAUCUUCGCACUGCCGGGCGCUCGAUUGUGUUCGAAGACCCGUCGCGGCUUGAAUCAGUGGUCAAGGCAACGUUUACACCGAACGAUUCGACCAAAUUCGUUGCGUUUUAUGAGGUAUUCGAAGACGAUGUACAGCAAUGACAGCGGCCGUCCAUGGGUAGGACGGUGCGUGCUCUACGUGGGACUUGAGAAACCCCACCACUCCAUUCCACCGGCUCGACGAGCUACUGCAUCACCAAGCUUCUACAUGGGCCAACGACACGACGGUUGUGGUGGCCGACCGCCACGGUGGCAUCGCGUUGUUGAACGACAAAUCCGUCGUCGUCGCGAGAUACGCUCGACUGAAUCGAUCCGUUCCGGUGGGUUGUUUUCCGCUGUUCCAAGGCGUCUCGAAUUCUCCCAGCGUUGCAGCGUUUGGAAUGACGACAUUGGACCCCCAUCACGCUGUGGAGGUGUUUUGCGUGUCGAGGACCAUCGCCAGCCACGAAACAAUCGCCCCGAUGUACUCGUUGUCACUGCCGUCGCCCCUUCGAUGUUGCGCCGUGGACUCGACGUCCAUCGUUGGAGUGGACGGCACGGGACAUGUCCAUGAAUGGUCGUUUCUCCCGCGAUGAGCUUGAGAAAGUGGCCCGAUGAUCUGGUGGUUGCCAUUCCAUUGCGAUCGGCCCAACAACUUGUCCAUGGAACGCUCUGUAGCAACGCACGAGUUCACGGUCGCUCAGUCCUCUAGUAAAGAGACGCUUCAUCACGUACGCCUCCUGCCACGUUGCCGAAUCGCUGGAUCAAGCAUUUUAACAUGCCUCGUGUGUCCCGAGUUCGCCGUGGAUGGCGAUCCC